AUGGCUUCUCAAACCUUGCAUGAAACAAAGAAAGCCCAAGCAAAGAGAGCAAUACGUUCCCUUGCAAUAGGCAUUGCUGUCCCUUUCACCCUUACAUUGACCAUAAUCAUCCUCUUUGGUUCAGGCCGCAAGUACCACCGCUUCGCCAAGCCCUUUUGGUUCGCACCACUUUGGUUCAUUCACUUAGCCACGUUGGGUUCAUCUUUGUUCAUAGGUCUUGCGGCUUGGCUUGUGUGGGCCGAUGGUGGGUUUCAAGGGGAAUCAGAUGCAAUGUCCCUCUACAUAGCUCAUAUCUCUUUAAGCAUGGUGUGGCACCCCAUUGUGCUUGUCAUGAGUGCAUAUUGGCUUGCCUCAAUUUCUUGCCUUGUCAACUUUGUGACCCUUUUUUUGUGUUACUUGAGGUUUAGAAAGGUGAACCCAUUUGCUAAAGAUCUAGCCAAACCUUGCCUAAUGUGGGCUGCAUAUCUCACCCUAAUUAGCGUCAAGCUAAUGUUUCUUUGA